AUGAACAAAACAAGCAUCAAUAAGAAUGGAUGCACCCAAUUACCCACUUUUUACCAACUAAUAACUUACCUACUUUAUUUUCCAAACAUACUCAACUGUUUUUUCCUAAUAUCUUUACUUGAUUACUCUGUAUAUUAAUUUAUCAAAUUUAGGCAAUUCACUUCACCAUUUUAGGUAUCUUGACUUUGAUGUCUCUUAUUUCUAGUGUGAAAACUACUUUGAGCCGUCCCAUUGAUAAGUUUAUAAUUUAACAAUAUAAAGCGCAAACCUAAGGGUAUGUUUGAUCUUUAUUUUAAGGUAAUAAUUUGACAAUGUAAGCAAUAAAUUAGAGUCAUUUUGCGAAAUAUGCAUUGCAUAUGUAUAAGAGAACACUAAGCAUUGCAGAAAUUGUGAUCGGUAAGGCUCAUAAUAAUCAGUAUUAGAUGUUGUUAGGGUUUUGAUCAUCACUGUAAAUGGAUAAAUAAUUGUGUAGGAAAUCUCAAUUACAAACUUUUCAUCUUUAUGAUUACUUCAACUUUGUUUCUCUUCAUGUACACAAUGAUCAUCUACAUCUCUAUCAUAGUGUUGUAUCAAACAAAUUAUGAGACACUUCUUAUAGAUAAUGAGUUAUAGAAAUUUGUACAAUUAUUUCCUAUUUUUGAAAGCAUUUUACCCAAGAAAAUGAUCUCAACGUGAAAUACAUAUUAUCUAUAAUAAUGCUAGUGGAUUCCACAUUAAUUGUGAUUUUAAUGCUGCAAUUACUUCUCUUCCACAUUUAUUUGAUCAUAAAAGGCAUAACAACUUAUGAUUUUAUAAUAAAAAGCCAAUUCAAAAAAAUACUGCCUCAAUUUCAAAUAGGGCCUUAAACAUUUCAGAAUGCAUCUAAAACUAGCUAAAAGGUAAUUAAUGAAAUUUAUGGAUUCGCUAAGAAAAAUACAUCGUAUCUUUUUCAUUUAUUAUUUUUAGAAUUGAGAUCACUAUCAAUUAACAUAAGAUGAUUCCAGAUAAACAAACAAUUCAGGAUGAAACUAUCAUAGAAAAUCAAAUUUAGGCAUGA